AUGAACAUGAAACAGCAUAACAGUCAACUUAAACGACGAGGAGUGCAAAAGUGGCCCCAUAGACGUAUAGCGAACGAACCAGCCCUUGAAGGAGUCACAGAUCCACUUGCUUCGUGCUGCAUCUGUCGGGAGCCGUUGUUCCAAGGAACACGGGUGGCAGCCGCCUACGCGUUCGCUUCUCCUAUGACCAAUGAUGCUCGAGUGCCUCAGCUGGCUACCGUCAGUCAAAUGGUGAUGGUGCAUAUUGAUUGUCAUCAGAAUGCUAUUCGUAGAAGUGGAGGAGGACGAAAUGUUGAUGAAUGGUCUAAGGCUUCUCUGCAUAAUGCUGGUGCCAAGUGCAAUGCACUAACCCCGAUAGCAACUGGAACUGCGAGUGAAGCUGAUUGGGCUCUUGCUGCUUGA